AUAGAUAAGACUAUUCAACAACACUUCUUCUAUAAAAAGUGUCAAAUUAUUUGCCUUAGAGUCAUUCAUCAACUGACGUGCGGCGAGAACUAUUUGUUUGAUCAUUAUGUUACAACUUAAUAAAUAUCUGCCUCUGCUGGCAGUGGUUGCCUUUGUCCUGAUAGUCCAACAAACUGAUGCCAAAUGUGACACAUGUGGCACCAAUGGCAUUGCCUGCAUCAAUGAAACCUCAUUUCACAUAUGCUACGGUUCCAAUCCGGAUACCAAAAGUGUCAUGACAUGUCCCACGGGUAACAUAUGUGUCCGUUCUUCGGUGAAGUGUGCUGCAAAGGGAAUGGGCCUUCAACCCGAUUGCGUUCGCGAGAAAAGCUGUGGCACAUGCGAUGGUAGUAAAUUGUUUACCUGUACCAGUCGAAAAACAUACGCAAUGUGCAAUGGAACUGAAGUUACGGACAACGGAGGAGUGUGUCCGAGGAAUUUAAUAUGUAAUUCCAGUGGUAGCCAGAUUUGUGUCACUGAAUGUGACCUUAAUGGCCCCAUUGAAUGUGAUCGUGAUCCUUAAAUAUGAAUUGAAUGUUUUGAAUAAAUGGACAUAAUAAAAGUGUUUCUAAAUCGA